CAAACUACGGUCCAGUCAGGUUAUAUUAUCUCCCCAUGCCCGAAAGAGUCUAGAGAAGGCCAACAUGCUUAUCCGUUCUCCAACUCAGAGCCUCUCACCGCCCACGCUGGCUGGCAGAGGCCUCCUGGGGAGAUGCCCCGCCCCCACGGCCCCCUUCCAGGUCCCAUCCAGCCCAGCCUCCUCCGGCCCCUGUGAGGGCAGCGCAUGCAUGCAUACACUCGUGCAUGCAUGCAGCGUCCUAGACUUCACUCCCGCUGGGCAGCACCACGUCCGGGCACAGUCACGGCCCCGAGGCUCCUGCUCGAGAUGUGUUUUGGUCAAGAAUGGUGACAAAAGCCGAAUUCUCACUAUUGGGGAAAGAAAGAACGGAGCAGCUCUCUCCCACCCUCCGCGGCAUAGACCCCCUUUCUCCAAGUGUUUCCUCUCUAAUUACGACCUGUUUCUCCUCCCUCCCCCGCCCCAGCGCAGUGAAAGGAGCCCUUCUGUCACUCGCCACUCCCUGCUUGCAAGGCGCGCGGUGGGAGGAGCCGCCCGCCGGAGGAAGCCGUGUGCUCCGGAUGCCAAGAGCCAGAGAAUGGAUCUGCUAGGAGCAGGGACGCUGCUGACGACCCCGGCUUCCUGAGGCCGCUGAACGCAGGCAGCUCCUCUCGGCUGGCUGGCUGCAGACGCCCGGAGGCAGCCCGACCGCAGACACCGAGGGACGGGGACAGACAGAUGGUCAGCGCGCUCCCAGAGGACCAGCGGCAGAGGCUGAACCCCGCGAGCCGCCCAGGGCCAGAAAGUAACUGCACAGCAAGUUGCCUCCGGCUCGCCCUCCCGAGGAAUGAGACCGCUGCAGCUGGACCUGCUCUUGCUCUGCUUCUUCCUCUUCAGCCGAGAGCUGGGCCUGCAGAGGAGGGGAUGCUGCCUGGCGCUGGGCUACAUGGCCAAGGACAAGCUCCGGAGGACAAGUGAAGGCCAGGUCUACUCCUUCAGCCAGCAGCCCCAAGACCAGGUGGUGGUGUCUGGACAGCCGGUGACGCUGCUGUGUGCUAUUCCCGAGUACGAUGGCUUCGUUCUGUGGAUCAAAGACGGCUUGGCCCUGGGCGUGGGCAGAGACCUCUCAAGCUACCCGCAGUACCUGGUGGUGGGGAGCCCCCUGUCGGGAGAGCACCACCUGAAGAUCGUCCACGCGGAGCUGCAGGACGACGCCGUCUACGAGUGUCAGGCCAUCCAGGCGGCCCUCCGCUCCCGCCCUGCGCGCCUCACAGUCCUGGUGCCACCCGAUGACCCCGUCAUCCUGGGCGGGCCCGUGAUCAGCCUGCGUGCGGGGGACCCCCUCAACCUCACCUGCCACGCGGACAAUGCCAAGCCUGCCGCCUCCAUCCUGACCCUGAGCUGUGGGGGCCAGGGCAGGGGCCGCACUCCACUCAGGGCCCUGCCCUGGUCAGUCCCCAUGAAGGGAAUGGCAGCCCUGGGCAGCGGGGCCGGGUCCCCGACCCUGCGCCAGCCUCCCAGGCUGCUGCGGGAAACCAGGGAGCGGAAGGAGCGCCACACCCUGCCCUCGGUGGUCUCUGGGCAGCUGUGGGCAGGAGGUGGCUUCAGGCCAGGAGGCUGCGGGGAGUCCCCAGAGGCCGAGCAGGGAGUUGGGAGACAGGGAGCCUGUUCCCUGGCCAUCGAGCAGUGGAGGCAGGAGGAGCCCGCGUGGCCGCGUGUCUCCGAGGACGGGGACAGAGCCUUCGGCUGGCGAUUUUCUUACCAAAGAACAGCUGCUCAGAGUCCCCCCAGCGUCCUCAGGUUCAUGCCGAAGAAGUCACUGUGGGGUGGCCGGUCUCCGGAAGCCCUGUUUCAGACCCUGCUUCGCGACGGCAAGCGUGAGAGCAUCGUCAGCACCCUCUUCAUCUCCCCUGGCGACGUGGAGAACGGGCAGAGCAUCGUCUGCCGCGCCACCAACAAAGCCAUCCCCGGGGGGAAGGAGACCUCCGUCACCAUCGACAUCCAGCACCCCCCGCUGGUCAACCUGUCGGUGGAGCCACAGCCUGUGCUGGAGGACAACGUCGUCACCUUCCACUGCUCCGCCAGGGCCAACCCUGCCCGGCCCCGUUGCAGGUGGGCCAAGCGGGGCCAGGUCAUCAAGGAGGCGUCCGGAGACGUGUACCGGACCACAGUGGACUACACGUACUUCUCCGAGCCUGUGUCCUGCGAGGUGACCAAUGCCCUGGGCAGCACAACCCUCAGCCGCACGGUCGACGUCUACUUCGGGCCCCGGCUGAGCCAGGAGCCGCAGUCCGUGCAGGUGGACCUGGGCUCCGAUGCCGUCUUCAGCUGCGCCUGGACCGGCAACCCCUCCCUGACCGUCGUCUGGAUGAAGCGGGGUUCGGGUGUGGUCCUGAGCAACGAAAAGACGUUGACCCUCAAGUCCGUCCGCCAGGAGGAUGCUGGGAAAUACGUGUGCAGGGCCGUGGUGCCCCGGGUGGGGGCCGGAGAGAGAGAGGUGACCCUGACUGUCAACGGCCCCCCGAUCAUCUCCAGCACCCAGACGCAGCACGCCCUCCACGGGGAGAAGGGCCAGAUCAAAUGCUUCAUCCGGAGCACGCCGCCACCGGACCGCAUCGCCUGGUCCUGGAAGGAGAACGUGCUAGAGUCGGGGACGUCGGGGCGCUACACGGUGGAGACAGUCAGUACGGAGGAGGGCGUCAUCUCCACGCUGACCAUCAGCAACAUCGUGCGGGCUGACUUCCAGACCAUCUACAACUGCACCGCCUGGAACAGCUUCGGCUCCGACACCGAGAUCAUCCGGCUCAAGGAGCAAGGUUCGGAAAUGAAGUCGGGAGCCGGGCUGGAAGCAGAGUCCGUGCCGAUGGCCGUCAUCAUCGGGGUGGCCGUGGGAGCCGGCGUGGCCUUCCUCGUCCUCAUGGCAACCAUCGUGGCCUUCUGCUGUGCCCGGUCCCAGAGAAAUCUGAAAGGUGUCGUGUCGGCCAAGAAUGACAUUCGAGUAGAGAUCGUGCACAAGGAGCCCGCGUCCGGACGGGGGGCUGAAGAGCACCCCGCUAUGAAGCAGCUGACGGUGGACCGGGGCGAGUUCCAGCAGGACUCGGUGCUGAAGCAGCUGGAGGUGCUCAGGGAGGAGGAGAAGGAGUUUCAGAACCUGAAGGACCCCACCAACGGCUACUACAGCGUCAACACCUUCAAGGAGCACCACUCGACCCCCACCAUCUCCCUCUCCAGCUGCCAGCCGGACCUGCGGCCGGUGGGCAAGCAGCGCGUGCCCACAGGCAUGUCCUUCACCAAUAUCUACAGCUCCCUGAGCGGCCAGGGCCGCCUCUACGACUACGGGCAGCGGUUCGUGCUGGGGAUGGGCAGCUCGUCCAUUGAGCUUUGCGAGCGCGAGUUCCAGAGAGGCUCCCUGAGCGACAGCAGCUCCUUCCUGGACACGCAGUGCGACAGCAGCGUCAGCAGCAGCGGCAAGCAGGACGGCUACGUGCAGUUCGACAAGGCCAGUAAAGCGUCCGCCUCGUCCUCCCACCAUUCCCAGUCCUCAUCCCAGAGCUCCGACCCCAGCCGGCCCCUGCAGCGGCGGAUGCAGACUCACGUCUGAGGCCCCCCACGGAUGGCGUCGGCCUCAUGGGCUCUCCGGGGACAGGGCUCUGCAGUGGCCCCGGGACCAGCCACCUCCGGGCAGCCCCAGUGCACCGCCACAGCCCUCCCUCAAAGCUCUGACGAAGCACAAGCCUGGCCUGGCUGCAGAUCCGGGCAGGUGGCAGGGAGACGCAGAGUGGGAGCUGUGUGCCCAGUACUGGCCACCCAGCCCGGCCCUGUCCUGGGGACCCCGCUGCCACCCACUCCUCCCACAGGCGCUAGUGACAGCUGACGCCG